CGCUGGCUGACCGAGGUAUGCGAGGAAACGUGCACGUCGUUUUACAAAGCGCACGAAGAAGCGUCAACAGGUUCAACUAGGGAAAGACUUUUGUGCAACCGAGCUGGUGCGCAUUCAUCCACCGCGACGCAGAGAGCUGCCACCACAAGAAAAGACGUGCGGUACUGCUCAUGCCAUCUAGUGGUGGUUUUUUGCGAAAACGGCACAGUAACGGUCAAAGGAUGUCUAGGACAUCUCAUUGUCAGCUCAUUGCUGUUCCCAGACGACUUACCCGUGGAAACUGCCGUUAUGGCAUCAGAAGAAGCUAUGUUUUGCCAUCCUGAACUCGACUUGGAAGCACCUAGCACGGCAGAGCAAGAGCGCCGAGAAGCGCGAUAUAAUAAACUUAGUUCUAUCAAGAGUGUAUAUGCUGUGGUACAGGCCAGUGCUACUUCAUUAGCCAAAACUGACACGGAUGAAGCGAUGCAACAGCUCGAGAAAAUCUUGGGUUACAUGGAACUAGCGGCAGAAGUCGCACAAACCUCGUCAUCGAGCGCUCUAGCUGUUCGACCAAAACUGGCAGGGGUUGGGGGCAAGCCCCAGUUGACUAAAGUCGAGCUUUAUCAGAAUCGCUGCAAGUGCCAUCAUCAUUGA